GCGCGGCGUGGGCGUGAAGACCCACCCCGUCGUUGAGGCGUUCGCCUCCAGUCACUUUCCUAUUGGUGCCGCCCCGCCCCGCGCUCCUCCCUUUUCUACUGAGCCGGGUAAUGGCUGCUUCCAAGACCCAGGGGGUUGUUGCCCGACUGGAAGAACAUGAUGGUGAGAUCCGCAGCAAAGUCGGGGAUGUCGGUUGUGAGGACAGUAAGGAUUGUAUUCUGGAGCCGCUUUCCCUGCCAGAAAGUCCAGGUGGCGACACCACUUUUGAAGGUUCUCCAUCUGUGCCUUGUAUUUUCUGUGAAGAACAUUUUCCUGUGGCUGAACAAGACAAACUUCUGAAACACAUGAUUAUUGAGCAUAAGAUUGUCAUAGCUGAUGUGAAGUUGGUUGCUGAUUUCCAAAGGUACAUUUUAUAUUGGAGGAAAAGGUUCACUGAACAGCCCAUCACAGAUUUUUGCAGUGUGAUAAGAAUCAAUUCCACAGCUCCAUCUGAAGAACAAGACAACUAUUUUUUGUUAUGUGAUGUUUUACCUGAAGAUAGAAUUCUUAGAGAAGAGCUUCAGAAACAGAAACUGAAAGAAAUUCUGGAACAACAGCAACUAGAACGAAAUGAUACCAAUUUUCAUGGCAUUUGUAUGUUUUGCAGUGAGGAAUUCCUCGGAAACAGGUCUGUUCUUUUGAACCACAUGGCCAGAGAACAUGCUUUCAAUAUUGGAUUGCCAGACAACAUUGUCAACUGCAAUGAAUUCUUAUGUAUAUUACAGAAGAAACUUGACAAUUUGCAGUGCUUAUACUGUGAGAAGACCUUCAGGGACAAAAAUACACUUAAAGAUCACAUGAGAAAAAAACAGCAUCGUAGGAUCAAUCCAAAAAACCAAGAAUAUGACCGAUUUUAUGUCAUCAAUUAUUUGGAGCUUGGAAAAUCAUGGGAAGAAGUUCAACUGGAAGAUGAUCGAGAGUUGCUAGACCAUCAAGAAGAAGACUGGUCUGACUGGGAAGAACACCCCGUCUCUGCUGUCUGUCUGUUUUGUGAAAAGCAAGCAGAAACAAUCGAGAAAUUAUAUGUACACAUGAAGGACACACAUGAAUUUGAUCUCCUCAAAAUAAAGUUAGAACUUGGAUUAAAUUUCUAUCAGCAAGUAAAACUUGUCAAUUUCAUUCGAAGGCAAGUUCACCAAUGCAGAUGUUAUGGCUGUCAUGUGAAAUUCAAAUCCAAAGCAGAUUUACGGACUCACAUGGAAGAAGCUAAACAUACUUCAUUGCUUCCUGAAAAACAGACAUGGGACCAACUGGAGUAUUAUUUUCCCACCUAUGAAAAUGACACUCUUCUGUGCACACUGUCUGACAGUGACAGUGACCUGACAGCUCAGCAACAAAAUGAAAAUGUUCCCGUCAUCUGUGAAGACACAUCGAAACUGCGUGCUUUGAAACAAAACAGUAUUUUGAACCAAUUGCCACUACAGGAGUGCUUGGAAAACUAGAAGGAACUGCUACAGAAGCAGUUUUUCAUGCUUUUCUCCUCUGAGAUGGAUAGGAAAGACCAGUUUAAAUUUGAAUAUCAGCAGAUUAUUCAUUCUUGGUGAAAUAGCUUUUUUAAUGGAUGGGUGUUUUUUCAAGAAAUAAGGUAAAAACAUAAAAUGAGGACUUUUUAUAUUUUGGCUAUCAAAUUUUAUUGCAAUCGCCUUAAAUUAUUUCAUUUCAUUAGUCAAAAUUGUCUGUAAUAAGAAUAUGUAAGCCACAAAGAAAUGUAACCAAUUGUUUCAGUCUCUUUCCCACAAGCCUCCCUCCUCCAACAAGUCACAUAUUUGGCAAUGUGAUUCUUGUCUUAUGUGGACAAACUAUAAAUACCGUGACAAAAAAAGACCCACAGAAGAAAGGAAAAAUGAUCAAAGAUUCUACAUUAUGCACAAAUGUGACAUUUCUAGAAUAAUCAGAACUGGUUAUAUUGUCAUUACUGCUUUCUUUCUAGAGUUGCCAAAAUGGACAUCAGUGUAAUUAAGUUCACUUUUACCUGAAA